AUGCUCCCAAUUUUGGUGCAAACGAUAGCAGUUGCUUUGCUAGCUACUCUGUCCUUCGCAGACGUGGACCCUAUCAAAGACCUAGCGGUCUACAACAAGGGAUUUCUCGGCCAGUUUCCUUCUCAGACCUUCAAAUCUUCAGAUGCUGUCGCCCCAGUCUUUCAGAUUAACGUCUUUCAGCCCAGUCUCGUCGAUAGUUCUGGUUUUCUCUUCCUCACAUUGAAACAUGGAGACAAAUCGGGACCUGCCAUAUUUUCAAGCAAAGACUUAAGCCUUGUGUAUGCCGACAUCAAGUACGAACAGACUUUCGAUGCCCGUGCACAGGUGAGAAAUGGAGGAAAGUAUCUCACCUUCAUCGAAGGUGGCCGCUGCCACGCUUUUGAUGCCAAUUAUCAACUGAAAUGGUCAGUUUCAGUCCGGGACUUGGGAGCUGUCGAGGCGGACAUCCACGAUUUCGAUUUCACCACCCAGGGAACUGCUCUUUUGACUGCGUACCAGGAUGUCAGGUACAACUUGACUGUUCUUGGAGGAGACAUAGAUGGCUGGCUGAGUGAUUCCAUUUUCCAAGAGGUUGAUCUUGAUACGGACCGAGUCUUCAAUGUGUGGAGAUCAUUUACACACGUCAACUUGACUGAUACCAUGAUUAAUUACGACCCAGAAAAGACCUACAUGGGCGGGCAUGGCUUCGACUGGUUUCAUAUAGACAGCGUUUUCAAGACCUCGAAGAAUCAUUAUCUUGUCUCAUCAAGAGGAUUGUCGGCAAUUAUCCUUCUCCAUGCUGACACAUUAGAUCCACGAUGGAUUCUCGGAGGGAAACACAAUCAGUUCAAAGACCUCAGUGGCGGCAACGCAACCAACUUCUCCAAUCAAUAUAACGCAAGGUUCGUUCAGGGUAACGAGAGCCGAUUAAGCUUCUUUGACAACCAAGUCACUGAAAGCGGAAUGUGCAAUGUCGAAAAUUGUUCCCGGGGUGUUGUUGUGGAACUCGAUUAUGAAAAAAUGACAGUUCGGCUUUUACAUGAGUUUUAUCAUCCCCAGAAAAUAUCAUCGGGUUCAGGAGGUAGUGUCCAGGGUUUAGACAAUGGAAACUUUCUUGUCGGCUGGGGCGCAAACCCGGGCAUCACUGAACAUUCAUCCAGCGGGACGGUCGUGAUGGACAUUCAACAAGGGGUGAUCCCCCACAUGUCCGAAACCGACUCAGACACCGAUAUGUCCGUUUAUCGUGCCUGGAAGAUGGAUUGGAUUGGCCGGCCCCCAUGGGGUCCUUCUAUCGCUUCGUCAGCUCCUGGGGAAGAUACAUCAAAUGCUACCGUUUAUGUGUCUUGGAAUGGCGAUACCCAAGUUCACAGAUGGGAGUUGUACGCAGUCGAAGAUGAGACAAACGUCACUUCUACUCCCAGACUUCUUGCAAACUCGUCCCGUUCUGGGUUUGAAACGGAAAUCCAUCUCGAAGGGCUAGGACUACCGCCUCCUAGAUCUGCUCGAGCGGUUGGCGUCAGUAAAAGCGGUAAGAUCCUCGGUUCGACAGCUACAGUUGACCUUGUAAGCGGCGAACUUCGCGGCAACAGGAGUAGUGUCUGGAUCUUGACGCCGCAGCCUUCCGAUGAGGAGCCAAGCUACCAUCAUCCUGAUGGCAAAAAGAAGGCGGAUGACGACGAGGAAGAUACUGCAUCUGAGACAAAGCCCUCCGUGAGCUCGUUAUUCGCUCUUCUACUCGCUAUUGCCUUUAUAUCUUCCUAA